UUAGUUAUUUUUUGCUGCAUAAAAUCUGUAUAAGAAAACAAAAGGACCUUUUUUUUUGGAAAAGAAUCGUUGUCAUCGUGCAUCUCUAGGACGACUGCUUGAUUGCUCUGGGUAUGAUUACUUCAGCCUGGCUGGCUUCUACCCCAUUGCAUAUCAUUUGUGCUCAGCCUGAGCCUUAUAACUCUUAUAUUUUGCACUUAAAAAGUAAAUUGCACAUUGUUAGAAAAUGGCUGAUGAGGAAUUGGAGGCUAUCAGGCGGCAGCGCAUGGCAGAGCUGCAGGCAAAACACGGGGAUGAAGAUGAAAGCAGGACAGGAAACUCCAGCAUGAUCAAUGAGAAACAGGACUCCUCCGGUGACCAAGGACAACAGGAAGCCAAGCAGAGAGAAACAGAAAUGAGGAACACGAUACUGGCCCAGGUGUUGGAUCAGUCGGCCCGCGCCAGACUGAGUAACCUGGCCCUGGUGAAGCCUGACAAAGCAAAAGCUGUGGAGAAUUAUCUGAUACAAAUGGCUCGGUUCGGCCAGCUCGGGGGAAAGAUCUCAGAGUCUGGUUUAAUAGAGAUCCUUGAAAAAGUCAGUCAACAAACAGAGAAGAAAACAACUGUCAAGUUUAACAGGCGGCGAGUGAUGGACUCGGAUGAAGACGAUGAUUAUUAAAACGAGUAUUCGCUCCAGUCAGUGUGCUGGUGAGAGAUGACUGCGCUACUCUGGAUCUCGAGAAGCACCAGUGUCUGACCAAAGGCCCAAUCUGUGCAGAGCAUCCUGGGAAAAAGACUCCUGUUCCUUUGGGCACACAGGAACUUCUGAUCCCUGUUGUUUCUAUUAUAUCACGCAUUUUCACUACCAGAUUUUUUGCCACAAAACAAACAAUUCACAGUAUAAUUUCUAUAGACUGCUCUGGGAAUACUGUUUCUUUUUUUCUUUUUUUUUUUUUAGCAUCAAAAUGGAACAGGCCUCCUUGUCAUCUCUUAAUUUGUGGAUCCCCUGUGCAACUGUUUACAAUAAUAAAAAAAGCCUUGUAUACAA